AAACAGGCUGGUCACUAAGGGGUUAAAAAAAUACAUUUAAGAAGCUGACUGGAGCUGAUUAACAUGACAACUCACACCCUCUACUAUCGGCUCUGUAAACAAGAAAUAUCAGAAGUUACUGUGAAGCUGUGACUAGCGGUGCAAGUAAGAUAACCCCGGGAGCUAUGGUGAUCUGAAUAACUUACCUGCAAUAAAGAGACAACUUGGAGAGCGGUCGUCUGAGAAGACAUCCAACCAGUAAGCCAGUAAGAUUAUGUCUUCACUGCAACGCAUCUUCCUGUUGGUCUGCUUGCUAGUAUUCCUCUAUGUGGCACUCUAUAUUAGGAUUAACCUACGGAAGAGAGUGCAUUACAAAGUCAUCUUCUUGGCGGACUACAAUAGCAGCAAUGUAGCCAAGGAUACAAUCACACCUCUCAAAGGUAACAAAACGUUCAUCAUCGCCCCUUAUUACGACAACCGAGAAGAAAACCUGGUCCGAGUUUUAGGAAUCGUCCAUACAGAAGUUACAAACCUCUUCUGUUAUUUUUGUUGCUACGGGCAGAAACAUUUGACCUUAACUGAGGCAAUGAUCGACAUCCACUCAGAUCGCUUUGGCUUUCCCUUCGGCCUAGCUGAUAUAAACUGUUAUGAGCCACCAGAAUGUCAAGCAACUCAUAUGUAUCUUGACUCGACUUCAGGUGGAGACGUUGCAACGCUGCCCAGGUUUGAAAUUCGAAAUCGUGAGCGGCAGCCGUUCUCUGCAGAUUUCACGGUCUGCAUUUCCACCAUGCAUCGAAAUUACAGCAAUGCUUUACAGUUCAUUCAGACCAUCGAGAUGUACAAAUUACUAGGGGCGCAAAGGGUUACCAUCUAUGGUAAAGACUGCAGCCAGCAGGUAAAAAAAAUCUUGGACUAUUACAGCAAAGAAGGUACAGUGGAAGUCAUACCGUGGCCCAUUGAAAAAUACUUAAGGCCAUCUAGCAACUGGUAUUAUGAAGCCAGUGAUGACAAAGACAUUGGCUACUAUGGGCAACUCUCGACGCUGAAUGACUGCCUUUAUAGAAACAUGUACAAAAGUAAGUACGUUCUACUCAAUGACCUGGAUGAGAUCAUUUUACCGUUUAAGCACAUGACAUGGGACAGUAUGAUGGAAAAGCUUCAACGAGAAAACCCCAAUGUGGGAGUUUUCUUGUUUGAAAGCCAUAAUUUCCCUCAAACUGCAGUGACUGAUGGAAAUUUUCCAAAUGUUUCAUCAUGGAAAAAAGUACCAGACUUCAACUUACUAAAUCAUGUCCACAGAGAACCAGACAGACCGAUUUUAUUCAACCAUCGGAAGAUGAUUGUAGAUCCACGAAAAGUUAUCCAGACUUCAGUUCAUUGCGUUUUAAAAAGUUUUGGGAAAUCACUAAAAGUUCCCCUACAGACUGCCCUUGUUCAUCACUGCAAGGGGCCUCAUCAACCAAACCUCAAAAGGUCAUUACUAAUCAACAACAGGACAAUUUGGAAAUACAAUGUUUCGUUGAUUAGGAAUGUUAACCGAGUGCUAAGCCUAAUAUCAUCACACACUGAAACACAAAAACAUAUUUCUACUCAAGGUUAAAAAAAAUUAUCAGUAAAUCCAUGGCAUAUAGAAAUGAUGGCCAGAAACCAGGGCCAGGUUUAUAGAAAAUUGGACCCUGGGUGGCAAGCAAAGGAUGCCCCCUCUUCCGCGAGUAUUAUUUUUGUAAGGUUAGGCCUUGUUUGAAGCCUCCACUCCUGGUUUUGGCUUGCAAUCACACAUGAAAAUCACAGACUGAAACACUGAUGUGUGAAUAAGGUCUAACUCUCAUAAUUUGAAAUCUAUUGAUUUUGGGUGAAAAAGGAUUUCUAUGCUGGCUAUUUCUGAUUGAUAGAAAUGCUUAAUAUUUAAAAUGUAUUCCCGCAAAGAAAUGUAUUCAAAUUCUGUCCAUACAGAUUUAUUUGUGUACGUUUUCAAAAAUUAAAAUGAAGCGUUUUUAUAUAGAAUAAUAUAUUUUGUUUACAAAGAAGAUUUUUAUUGAGGUUUAAAAUGUGAAGGGGAAAGAACUUUCCUGAUAUGUUGAUUAUACUGGUCCAUCAUUGCGAUCUGUGCCGAUAUACUGUAGAUGUGUUCCAGGGUUACAAAGUAGAGAAAUACUAAGAGAGACAGAGGACUCACACGUUACAACUAAGGUGGAUCAACUUAUUUCACAUAAAUGAAUGCAUC